GUUGAGGUGGGUGAGAGUGCAGCUGCCCGUCCCUGUGGUCAGCUACAGAAGCCCUUCAUCUGUGAAUCUGCAGCAGUAGGCCAGACUCAGUUCCAAGCCUGAGGACUUUGAUCUCCUGCUUUGACCAAAGCUCUUGCUGCUGGAAGGACAACCCUGCAGGUCUCAGGAUGCGUCUGAUCCUCUUUCUGUACUUCAUCCCUCUGCUGCUCCUGCUGCUUCCAAUCAUUGAGAUGAAAAAACCCGGGAAAGGCAGAGGGCUUAAAAAAGCAAGACAGAAACUUGCACAGGACAGGCUGAGGGUAAGAGGUCACAGGCGCCAGAGCAGAUCCAGGUUUGUGGCACCAAACUGUUUGGAGUUGUCAGAAUCUGGAGAAGCCUUUGUGGACUGUCAGGAUCAACAUCUCACCUCCGUCCCCGCCUCAAACACCUGGUCCAUAGAACCCAAGUUCUUCCUUCUCGCUCGAAACCAAAUUAAAGUCCUCCACGACAGAACCUUCUUUGGCUAUGAGCGUUUGACCAGUCUGGACCUCCAACAGAAUCAGAUCUCUCGUAUAGAGGAAGGGGCUUUUGAUGGUUUAUCACAGCUUACAACCCUUCUGCUGCAACACAACCAACUGAGCACACUGAGUGAAGAAACUCUGAUCCCCAUGCCAAACCUUCACUACCUGCGGCUACAUAAUAACCCCUGGAAAUGCCUCUGCCCCAUGGAAAGCCUCAUACGCACUCUUCAAGUCCCAAGCAACCGAAAUCUAGGAAAUCACGCCAAAUGUGCAGAGCCCAGCAGUUUAAAAAACAGGAAGUUGAAGAAAGUUGAUCCUGAUUUACUUUGUGAAGAAUUAGAGCCAAACAACAACCUAACGGUCUCCAUAGAGCCCAGUCCGCUCCUARGCAAGCCAGACGCUACAACGAUCUGCCACACCUACUUCUUCCCUAAAACAUGGAUGGACUGCAGAAACCGAGGUCUGACUCAGGUGCCCUCAGGUAUUCCAGAGCAUGCUGUUCAAGUUGACCUGUCCCAUAAUUCAAUCCGUCACCUCAAACCAAGAGAUUUCCAAGGAGCACGGAGUCUCAGAAUCCUUAACCUCAGCAAGAACAACAUGGAGCACUUAGACACGGGAUCCCUGUCUGGGCUUUUGCAUCUCCAUGAGCUGGAUUUAUCGGACAACAAACUGGGUUUUAUUCAGUAUGGGGUGUUAGAAGAUCUUUACUUCCUGUCAGAGCUAAAACUAGAAGGAAAUCCCUGGGUCUGUGACUACAACAUCCACUACAUGGUUUACUGGUUACGUCUGCACCCAGGAGUGAAGCACUCUGGAUUGUGGUGUCACUCUCCAUUGGAAUACACUGGCCAGAGUGUGCAGAAGUAUGUGCACUCCUACAACAGAGAGUGUCCCAAAGACAAACAACUCAGCAGACCUGACCAAGGCCAAACGGACCCGGAGCUUUGGGGGACUCCGAUGGAGUUGCAGGGCGAGGUCGAGGAAGAGCUGGAGCCGAGCCACUUGAGAGCGCCGCAGAAAUAUCAGAUCUUCAGGCUGUCCUGACUCAAAUGAAAACAUGGUCCAAAAUCUGAAUAUAAUAAGACCCUUUUCUAACUUUCAUUUAAACAUGUAAAUUUGUUUUUUAUAUUGAAAAAAUACAUUCUGUUGUUUUAAGAUAAGUCAAGAGUGUCUCUUAAGUCAGGCAGCACAGUGAUGCAGUGGUUAGAGCCGUYGUCUCUCAGUGAUAAGGUUUCAGGUGGAGUUUGUAUGUUCUCGCUGCGCACGCGUGGGUUUUCUCUCACAGGCAAAAAACAUGCAAGCUAGAUUAAUUGGUCACUUUUGYCGCUAGUCAUCGUUUGUCUCAUCGUCUCCGUGUGACCCUGUGAUGGACUUGAGACCUGUCCAGGGUGAACCCCGCCCCUCCCACUGACUGCUGGAUAUACGCUUCAGCUCCACGUGACCAAUGGUCUCUUAAUUCAAAAUACGAGGGCCGGUUGGAGUUUUUGUGUGUUAAAUAUGACCUGAUUUGGGUUGUGCACACCUGCAUCCAACCCAAAAAUACAUAAAUAUAUUUAAAACAAUUAAAAUGAUCAAAACAAGUGAUGUAAUCAGGCAAAACUCACUGAUAUGCUUCAGGCUGGAGCAGUUUAAAGAUGCGCAGCGUGAGAUGGGUCACGAACGGGUGGUAGUUCUGCAGGAUUUGCUUCGCUGUGUCGUCGGUUACGCAGGCUUUUCCUGUCGAAACGUUGAUCUAACGAGGACAAAAAGAGCCCAGUGCUUACUUUUCACACCAAUAUAAAUAAUUAAAUACAAGCAGCUGCUUCUUUAUACAAACUUGACUCAACAAUGUGCCUGACUGGAUGAUGGAUUUCCAUGUACAACAUACCUCCGAACAGUUUAGCCAGUUUCUCAAAGUCUAAAUACUGAAAUAUCUUGUUGGAUUGGGGAGGAAUACUACAUGACAUUUAUUUAAAACAUUUUUCAAUAAGGCUACUUUUUUUCGGGUUUGAAAUUUGAUCCUCAGGGUUUUAUUUUGCAUAUUGAGCCGCUGGUGUCUUUACUGCGCUCGCUGCCAACUCUGCCACUUUUUAGGGCAUUACAAUGUGGACGAGCAGGCCCAGUCUGUUUCCAAACAUAGUCACGUUAAAAAAACUAUUUAUCAGGAGAAGUGUUUCACAGAAACACCAGGGCAAAGACAGCCAACACUGCUCUCACUUUGCCAGCAGACGUAAAUCCAAAACAAACAGACUCGACAGCUGCAAAGUGAGAAACACAGUCAGGAAUAGCACUUGUUGAAAGUUACCUUGCAGCUGAACUAGACGCACACACACACACGUAAACAUUAACAAAUAUAGGUUUAAUAUACAUAAUAAUGAGCUGGAACUGACUUUGAUCAAGUGCACUGAGAGACUGGAUGUAUAGUUUACAGUGGAGUUUAUAUGACAAGUAUGAUCUCAUCASUGAAAGCUCACAGAAGAGAUCUGCUGCAGCUUUAAAAACACGACCAUCACUUCACUGAGCAAGAGUUAAUCAGCUUCACCGACUAUAAAUAAUACAAAUAAACACAUGAAUGAUGAGAGAUGUGAGGUUUUCAGGCAGAACUGAGAGUCCAUCAAAUCGCUCACCUAUCUGCUCAUCUCUGUUGCUUACAGAAACUCGUUUCCAACCUCUGCAAUGUUCAUAGAAAAACAAAAGUUAGUUAAGAAAAUGAAAUGAGAAUAAAUGUAAAAUGAUUUGAUUAAAGUUACAAAUACCUGAAA